AUCUGGGCCAAGCAAGUCAUUCAAACAGGCAAAACAAAUCAAAAUAUCAUCUAAAAUGGCCCAAAAGCUAACGAUCCUCUGUGCCCUGCUGGGAGUAGCCGCUGCUAGCUACAUUCCCCAUGGCGGCUAUGAGCACGGACAUGCAGUUGGAUACAGCAUUCAAACGCACCACGAGGCGCCAAAGAAGUGGCACGAUCAUCAGGAGCAGCAUCAAUGGGCGGCGGCACCUCAGUACGGCCACCACUGGGAGGCAGCUCCUCAGCAGCAGUACAACCACUGGGAGGCAGCACCACAGGCACACCAUCAAUGGGCAGCAGCAGCUCCAGAGGAGCACGGCAAGUGGUCUUCAUACCACGAGGAGGAGCCGAAGCACCAUCCAAAAUACCAAUUCGAUUACGGCGUCAAGGACACCAAGACCGGAGACAUCAAGCAGCAGUGGGAGACCCGGGAUGGCGACAAGGUCAAGGGAGGUUACACCAUGAAGGAAGCCGAUGGCCGCACCCGCGUCGUAGAGUACACAGCCGAUGACCACAACGGAUUCCAGGCCACAGUCAAGCACCUCGGACAUGCCGACAAUUUUGAGCACAAGCAGCAGGAUCAUGGCUACUCUCACGGCCAUGGUCAUGCCACCAGCUAUGCGGAUGUCCAGCAGGAGAUCAACAGCAAGUGGCAGGACAAGAGCAGCAAGUGGUGGUAACAGAACUGACUAGAGAAAAUGAACCAACAGAUGAUUCCGACUGACAAAUUAUUGUAAAUAUUGACAAAAUUAUGAACUUUAGUUAAAUAAAUCGA